CAUAUCAAUGGAUAUUACUAAUGUUAGUCUCUGCCCACACAUUUGAAUAGAAGAACAGUUUAUUCAUUAUACUUUAAAUUGUAUAUAAAAACGUUAUAUUUAGUUUGAUUGUUAGAAUUAUCAAAGUGCCUCGUUUCAGUAUUCGCUAUAAUCUGACCAUUACUACAAUUCUAUAGAUUUCAAAAAAAAGAACAUGUAAUCAUGACAAAAAUGUUGUUAAUAAUUUGAGUAAAUGAUUUUCCUACGGACCGUAUCCAAUGUGACUUAGGUAUAAUGGAAAAAUAUGUUUGGUUUCAUAUUGAUUAAUUCAAAGAUCUUAAAACCAUGACGCAAAAAUGGCUGCCUCUCGUUGCAUCACAAAAUAACCCUCAAAAGUAUAAAUUUUUAUUUUUAUGCUUGACGUGUAUAGUGAUUUUUAUUUAUUACGUUUAUAUAACGACUGACUUCAAUGCAUGCACACCUGCGGCGAACAUAAGCGAUCCAAAAAUUUAUUACAUAUUGCAAUGGACUACAGGAGAAGUGUCGCCUUUCUAUCAUAUGGGCAAAGGGCCAAGUAAGUUCGUACAACUCAAUUGUCCUUACCAAAACUGUUUUGUCACUGACAACAGAACGUAUUUACCUCAUAUCAAAGAUUUUGAUGCCAUAGUUUUUAAUGGCAAUGACGUAAUUAGAAUGAAUCAAGAUCAAUUACCUCAAGAGAGAUCGUUGACACAAAAGUUUGUAUUUGGAGCCACCGAGUCUGCCCCAAACAGAAUGGCUUGUAAAGCCGUACUGGAGAAGUUUUUCAACUGGACUUGGACUUACAAACUGGACUCUGAUGUGCGAUGGUCAUAUAUACUAAUUUAUAAUUUGGAUGGUGUUGAAGUUGGCCCGAAACCAAAGAUGGAAUGGCCUGAAGAAAUGAAACCAAUAGAUGAUGAAGAAACUAAAGCUGUAUUGGACGGAAAGUCUAAAACUGCUGCCUGGUUUGUAACUCACUGUACCACUUUAGGAGGCAGAGAAGAUUUUGUAAAAAAGCUAAAGCCAGAGCUAUCAAAGUUAAAUAUAACGUUAGAUGUGUACGGCAAGUGCGGUGAUUUAGAGUGUCCAAGAAGUAAAGCCAAUGAAUGCUACGACAUGUUGAAGAAAGACUAUUAUUUCUACUUUUCUUUUGAGAAUUCUUUCGCGGAAGACUACGUCACGGAGAAACUACUUACCGCAUUAAAUAACUUUGCUGUUCCUGUUGUGUUUGGCGGGGCAGACUAUUCUAGGUUUGUACCUCCAGGCAGUUACCUGAAUGCUCGCGAUCUUGGUCCAGAGAAACUAGCCAUAACUAUGAAGGAGAUAAUGGAAAACAAAACCAGAUAUUAUGACUUCUUUCGAUGGCGCAACCACUUCAGAUACGAACAAGGGGAGAAUGGGAGGGAAAUUUGUAACAUCUGCGCAGCACUGAAUGAUCGACAGAAAGCUCAGAAUGUCGAUAUCCAUGAUCACUUUAGACAGUGGUGGAAUCAGGGUUAUAAUAGUAAAUGUAAAAAUUGAGCAUUUAUGUUUUCAUUAACUGAGCAUAAAAAAAACUACUGUAACACUCAAACCAUUUUCAUAGAACAGAAUUAAUGCAAAUUUGUGGUUUCAAAUUUUUUCGCGGAAUUCUUGUAAAAAUUAGUAAAAUAAAUAGAUUGGUUUGUUUUAUUAUUUUAUAAGAAUCUCCCGGUACACUUUGGUAGUUCUGUAAACAUAAAAAAGACUUUUACAUCAAUGGGUCAUACUUUAGUACAAUAAUAUCCUACUUUGACGCAAACAUAGUUGAUUGUUAUAUCUAUUCAAUUAGUACCAUUUAAUAUAACAGAUAAGAUUGUGUACUAUAAAUUAAAAUACUUAUUUUUACAAAAUCCAAAAAUCUACACCUACCAAAGAUGUCGGUACUACUUAAAAUAAGAUCAUAAAACAAUUAUUAACAUUCUUUGAUUAGUUUUCGCCGGUGCGAAUUCGCAUUUAUACACAUUCGGGUAUAUUUUCCAUAUACGGUUGCUAUUUUCAAAUCGCCUUCAUAAUUUAAAAGGUUUUCUUCAUAAUUUAAUCGAUGUCAAAAGAAGCAAUAUUUGGCGUAGAAAUAUACCUCAAUGUAUGAUGCUGUUUUAGACUAUAGAAAAAAAUGUGUCUAGUCUAGUUGUUAUAGCAAAACUACGAAAAAGUUUCAAACCACUUUUCUGUAUAAAUCACAAACUCUUUGACAAUGAUAUUCCGACAAAUAUGUUAUUGAAUUUUGAAGCUAGUCUGUAAGUUUUACAAUUAAUUUCAAAUUUUUGGAUAAGUCUGCCGUUGUCUAUUAUUCUAAGUUAUAAGUAAAGAUUGUAUUUUCUAUGAAAUAUCUUUUAUAUAAAAAUAAGCAUAUUUGCAGUAGUGGAAUUGUAUUUCUUUAUUUUAUUUUUUACUGAUUUUGAUAUUAUGUAUAGUUCUUAAAAUUAAAGAAUUACAUACAAGAAA